AUGCAAACAUGGGAAAAACGCAAAUAUGAGAGAAUGCAAACAUGGGAAAAACGCAAAUAUGGGAAAAAUGCAAAUACGGGAAAAAUGCAAGAUGAGUUCAUUAUUAAUGCGGGAAAACACAAGUAUGAGAAUAAACGCAAGUAUGGGAAGAAACGCAAUUAUGGGAAAAAAUGCAAUUAUCAGAAAAAACGCAAUUAUGGGGAAAAACACAAUUAUGGGGAAAAGUGUAAAAAUGGGGAAAAACGCAAAUAUGGUGAAAAAUGCAAAUAUGGGGAAAAACGAAAUUAUGGGAAAAAACGCAAAUAUUGGAAUAAUGAAAAAAUGGAAUACACAGAUAUGGGGAAAACGCUAAUAUGGGAAAAACGCAAAUAUAGGAAAAAUGCAAAUAUAGGAAAAACGCAAAUGUGGGAAAAAACGCAGCUGUGGGAAAAAACGCAAAUGUGGGAAAAACGCAAAUGUGGGAAAAACGCAAAUGUGGGAAAAACACAAAUAUAG